AUGCCCUCACUUCCCGAGUGAUCGGAUCAUCACGGGGCCGCCAUGGGUUGCGAGGAUCUGGAUGUUAGCGAGGAGGAUACUGAGGUAGCUGGCCUGGAAGGUCGAUACAGGGUCUCCUCGCAGGAGAAUGCUACAGUCCUGGAGAUGUGCUGGGAAGGACACAAGCAGCCCCGAGCCAGUGAGGGGAACACGGGACUCCCAGGGGACAUGAAGGAACCAGGGGACACCCCGAUCACCUCUGAAUGUCCCCAAACAGCUGCCACCCAGAAACGCAGUUGCUGCUCUUACCUGCCCUGUGCCCACUUACGAGUGACAGAUGAAAACACCGGGAAGAAAAAGUGCACGUGUCCAGGACUAGGCAUCUUCUACACCAUUUUGUCAGCACUUUUCUUUUCAUCUAGUUCUCUAAUAGUGAAGAAAAUCGAAAAUAUUCACUCUGUGGAAAUUAGUGCAAUUCGGUGUGUGUUUCAGAUGCUGUUUGUUUUGCCCGGCUUAAUUUAUUUCAAUACAGGUUUUUUAGGACCAAAAGAUCAGCGUAUUUUCCUCUUUCUGCGGGGUUCUCUAGGCUCUGCUGCUAUGAUUCUGACAUACUACGCUGUCCAGUCAAUGCCUCUUGCUGAUGCCACUGUGAUAACGUUCAGCAGCCCAGCAUUCACAUGUGUAUUUGCUUGCAUAUUUCUCAAGGAAAAGUGCACCGUGUGGGAUAUUGUUUUUAUGCUGUUUACCCUUACUGGAGUCAUUCUUAUAGCAAGACCACCAUUUUUGUUCGGUUCGCGCCUUGAUGGAAUUGAAGAUGAUUACUCAAACCACUUAAAGGGAACAAUAGCUGCUGUAGCAAGUGCAAUAGGAGCUUCUUUGACUAUAGUCCUGUUGAGAAAGAUGGGAAAAUCUGUUCAUUACUUCCUGUCUAUCUGGUAUUACGCUAUCAUUGGUCUUAUUGAGUGUGUAAUUGCCCUAGCUGUAAUAGGUGAAUGGAGUUUGCCAUCCUGCGGGACAGACAGAUGGCUUCUUAUAUGCAUUGGCCUUUUGGGGUUGGGUGGACAGACUUUUCUUGUUAAAGCAUUACAGAUUGAGAAGGCUGGGCCUGUAUCCGUCAUGAGAACAAUGGAUGUUGUAUUUGCAUUUAUAUUUCAAGCUUUGUUUCUAAACCACACCCCUUCACUGUUGACAGUGGGAGGGGCUUUGUGCAUUGUGGCCAGUACUGCUGGAACCGCCCUUCUCAAAUGGUAUGUGAGUUCCAAAAAGGCAAAACAAAAUGAAUUAUAAUUUAAGAUAAAGUAAGAAAAUACAUUAGAAAUAACCUUCCCAACAUAUCUAGUAAAGGAAUUAGCUGAUAUUGUGCGCUUUAGGCACGACUUUGUAGUAAAUAUAAAAAAAUAUAUUCUUUGAAUCCUACAAACUGCAGUCAAGUGAAAAACAAACGUCUUAACAUUUCUAACGUUUUUAAGUUUCAAA